GAGGAACAUGAACCUGACGCCGAAUUUGCACCUGUCGUCCACUUGACCGAAAAAGUCGAAACUGUAACGAACGAGGAAUCUGAGGAACAGACUUUCAAGAUGCGCGCUAAACUCUUCAAGUUUGACCGUGACUCUAGGGAGUGGAAAGAAAGGGGCACUGGCGAAGUCAGACUUCUCAAGCACAAGGAAAACGGCAAGACACGUUUGGUCAUGAGACGGGAUAAGACUUUGAAGGUCUGCGCUAACCACUACGUCGUACCCGAUAUGAAGUUAUCGCCAAACGUUGGUAGUGACCGUUCGUGGGUCUGGAACGCGACCGCGGAUGUCAGCGAGGGAGAGCCCGAAGCCCAGACUCUGGCCAUCAGGUUUGGCAACAGCGAUAACGCCAACUUAUUCAAGGAUGCUUUCGUCAAGGCCCAGCAAGAGAAUGAAGCCCUCUUCAAGGCCGCAGAGUAG